AAGUACUAAAAGUAUAUGCGAGAGUCAACCACCGACCGCUUGGCGCGGAUUCUUCCUGAGAAUUCCACACACCUGAGUGGAUGUAUAGAGUUGACAUUAGCGAACUGUCACGGCAGACAUAACCUCAAUACGUCAGAAGCAUUUGGGAUCUGGUCGUUGGCUCUUCGAUCUGCAAGGAUGGUUAGCGGAGGAUUUGUUGAAGAAGAUUUAGAUGCUAGACUUGAUACAACAAUCCCUGAAUCAGAUGAGGGAUCCGACAAAGAAGGAAAGUCAUCCCCCGUACAAGAUCAAGGUGCAACAAACGGAGCUCCUCCAUCCUCAGACAUCAAGCGAACUAAAAAACGGAAAAAGGGUAUUGUUUACGUAUCUAAUAUCCCAAAGCAUAUGAAUGUCACGAGGCUCCGAGAAUACCUAAGUCCAUACGGCGAUAUCGGGAGGGUGUAUCUUCAACCAGAAAAGCUCCCAGGUGGCGACAAAACUAAAAAGAAGAAAAAACGGUUACAUUUUACCGAAGGCUGGGUUGAAUUUGAGAGUAAACGGGUGGCGAAGAAAGUCGCUGAAAUGCUUAACAAUACACAGAUUGGGACACGGAAGCGAUCACAGUUUUACGAUUCAUUGUGGAGUUUAAAGUAUCUGCCGCGCUUCAAAUGGAUUCAUCUGAGUGAACGGCUGAGGUACGAGCAGGCUGUACAUAAGCAACGACUCCUGAAUGAAGUGUCACAAGCUAGAAAGGAAGCUAACUUCUUCCAGAACAAUUUGGACAAAAGUGAAUUAGUUAAAAAGAAAAAUAAGAAAUUAAAAAAGAUUGCGGAAAUCACCUUUUUAAAAGGUGUAUUCAUAUGUCAUCGACUAAUUGCUUGUUUCCUAUAUCAUAAAGUGCACGAAAACACAAAAAUUCCCCGUCCAGAAAUUCCAGAAAGUAUGAGUUCUUGCAGAUACCAGCAAAUUCCAGAAGCAAGCCCUUGUCAGGGCCCACUUCGCAGAUCACAAGUUUUCUAUAAUCUAAACGAAGUUGAGUCAGAGACUUUAGUUUUCAAAAACCUAUCGGAUUCCAGGUUAAGCCGUCUGCUCUCGAGUAGCAAGUUUCUUUGUUUUGAUGCUGUUGAUAACCAUCUGAAAUUACCACCGAAGGCGGCAGCGCUGAUGAAAAAUAAUAUAGCAAAUCAGUCCAUCAAGCGUACACCAAGCCCUUUGUUGUUGGAUUAUUGUAGGGAUAUUCUUGAUAGUUACGAAGUCUCCGUGAAAGCAAUUAUCAGUGAAGAUGAGGCACUUCUCGAACGGGAAGAUGUGGAGCUGUUGGCACGAAUCGUGGAAUCAAAUGACCGGCACCACUAUCUCGAUGAAAGAGAUUGCGCUUUGCUUGAACAAGUUUUGCAAAUGAACCUUGAAGUACACAUUAAAAACAAUGAUGCCUUUUCAGAAAAAAGCUUGAAUGGAAGUGAAAUUGAAAAUAAAUCAGAAAUGAUAUUCAUUGAAAAUCUGCUACUAGAGGAAAUUUGGGAGAAUGAGGAAGUAGUGGCACCACAGGCAGUUAGUGAUGAGGAUGGAAUCAUUGCCGCGUUUCAUGAUCCCACACAGCAGAGCACCUCAUAUGCAAGCUGUAUUCCGGUUAGAAAAAUGAAAUCAUUAAUUUUGUUACAUGAUUUCAGUCGUCGUUCAAUUUCAUGCAAUACUUCAGCACAGUCCUCCAAAAAAGGUUCAACGGAAGCUCUUACAAACGUUGGAUCUACCUCAGGAUUUGGGGUAUCUAGCGAAAACAAUUGCCAAACAGAAGUUACGAAAGAAAAGGCAGACGUCAUUGGAGCUAAGAAAUCGAAAGUGCGCGGGGGGAUAUUGGAGAAAAAUUCGCAUUCGCAAACUUCACAGACAGUGGAUCGUUCUGAUAGUAUUAGUUUUGGUGGUAUUUCUGACCUGAGUGUAGUAAGUGGGGGAGCAAUGUUGGUUCCCCCUCCAUCGAUGAUGAGCUUCGCUAAGGAACAACCAACAACAUUCGAAGAAGCUGAUUCAAUCGAAAUUCCGUCCAGUACCCAAUCUAAGUCCAAUAUUGGUGAUGAGAAUCUGUACACUGACCAAGCAUUGAAAAAAAUGGAAGAAAAGUUAUUACAAGCGAUCAACGUCAAAUUGAAUAGCAAGCCCAGCCUGCCAAUGACGCUUUCAGUUAAGACAAUCAACUAUUUCGAAGUUCGCCGGAUACAAUUCGAGUUCUAUGUUUUCAAUAUUGAAUAUCCGAUACAUAGUAUUUGCGUAUAUCACACCUCAGUAGCUGAAGGACUCUGCCAAGAGUUUGAAUUCAAGCACCUCACAUUCGAAGAGCUAGCCCAGAUCGGGUUGUUUUAUAAAGUCGAACAGAAUGACGAGGAGACAUGCAUAAAACCAAUGGAUGUCGGAGAAAUUACUUCAAAUCCCGGAAGUUUGUUGACGAUGGUGAGACCCACAAAUACCAUGCUUUCCGAAAAAUUGGUCAAUAAAAUUCGGAACUUCUAUGAUUCUGAGAAAUAUUCUGAAAUAUUUGAAGAUGCUUUUGAAUUGGAUUUGCAUUCAGCUAGGUCCGAAAGCGAUUUAGAGGCUUUACUAUACACAACGAAGUCUUUCGGACCAAGGGUUAAAGGGAAAGACCAAGAAAAAAUAUCACAGUCAUUGGCAUGUAAGGAUUCUUCUGACGUCGGAAUCUCGGGUGAAGUCGGUGUUUUGUAUGAUAACAGCCACUAUGAUCCUCAAAUAUCCAGCAGGUCAAGGAAAUCAGGAAUCAGUCAUGUAGCCAGUAAUAAUGAGGUAGAAGACGAGUUCAUUUCUGGACACGAUCUUUUACUUGAUUAUUUUAUUAAAUUUGAUCCCUCAACUUUAAAGGAUCUGUUAACGUAUAUGAGCCAGUGUAGCGGAGAAGUUGUGGAAAUGAAGGAAAAUAACGAACAUGUUUCAAAACAAGAAUCAUCGACCUCAUUCCGUUCAAUAGCAUCGGAUAUAUGUGGAUAAAAAAUCGCAUUAAAGGUGAAUUAAUCGCAGUUAAGUUAUGCCUGAUAAAGCAGGUUGAAUCAUUGAUUUUCUAGGAUCAAAGUUAUUUUGUAGCUAUGAAAAUUGCAAGAGAAUUGAUAUUGAUCUUGUACGAUUUUAUAUAUAAUUCACUAAAA